AUGCGGAAAAUUUCCUUUCUCAAGUUUAACUUUUUGAUCACCACCUUGACCACCAGUCGGCGGAUCAUCCGGACCAAUGUGGUCAUCAACUUGCUUAUCAAGUCUGUUUUUGAGGUUACUUCUUAUCUUCCCGUGGGCUUCUUCGAAAUCUUUCAUGAGAUCAGGACCAAGCGUUAUAUCACCGUCCUCACUAAUCUUCCCAGCCGCCUUGUCAAUCGCCGUCCUGGCCGCAUUCUUGAUCUGUGCUUCGGCUUCAGUGUUGAACUGGUUAACGGCGCCGGGAAGUUGAUCAACUUUCUGUUGAAGUUCAUGUAUUACAUUACUUUUAAACUUGCUGGUAAUGUUAUCAUCACCAUUCUUUCCAUUCACAAAAGUGUUCACGUCCGCCAACUUCUUGUCCACGGCUUGGGCUGUGCCAUCUGCGGGAUCGGGUGGUUUGCCAGUUUUAGUCGCCUCGGUAAGAUUAUUGUAAAGCUCAUCAACCGUCGGCUUGAUUUUGUCCAAAAUUUCGCCGAAUCUGCCGGUACCUAA